UCUAUUCAAGAAGACUGAAGACCCACGAGCAACCCCCCCAUCUUUAUCAUUCCUUCCCUAGUUCUUCCACCUUCAUUCAUCUCUUUCUUUUUGUUCUUCAUAACUCAAGCCAUGAUUCUUCAUCUCUUUCUUUUUGUUGUUUAAUCUUCUCUCAGAAUUUUCACAAAUAAUUUAUUUACUCCCAAAAAACCAUCAAAACUUUGAAUCAACCGCCACCAUUUUUAAUCCUACUUCUCCUCUUUGUUUUCCUUCAUCUUGCAUUAUUUUGUUUUCGGUUGAAACAAACAAGGAAAAUAUUUUAUUUGAAGUCUUCUAAACAAGACAAAAUUAUUUCUUUUUUGAAUAGUAUCUUUUAGAAAAUUUUUUAAUUUUUAGAAGUUGUUUUCAUAGUUACCAAACGUGAAUAAUCCAUCUUGAAAGCAAUAUCUAGCACUGAAUAUAUGAAUAGGUGAAUUUGGAUAAUGCUUCAAAGCGUGGGUCAGGACCUUGAGAACGCAUUUGUCCCUUGGAGUUUGGGUUCUUAUUGCCCUGAGUUUUGCAAAUCUCAAGAGGCCUCGGUGCCCCCACCAACACAGCAAGAAGUUACUAACAAGAAGUUCAUAUAUUUGUGUAUAUUUGACCAUGUAGCUCCCUCCUAGUAGUUGCUUUCAGAUACAGAGUGCAAGGCUAGAUGUUAAAAGUUGGCCACCAACUGCACUUUUAUAUACACACACAAACAGAUUCCCAAUAAUUCUAUAGGUGAAAGAAAAGAAGAAAGAUGAUUUUGAGUGCGAAGCCGCCAUCUUCUUCCAAAUGCUUCUUCUUCUUCUUCUUCAUCAUCAUCAUUUUCUUUAUUGCCUGCUCCAAAUAUUCCAAUGCUCAGACUCAGAAUGCUACCACCGAUCCAUCUGAAGUGAGGGCAUUGAACUCAAUAUUCCAACAAUGGGGAACACAAGCGUCGGAGACAUGGAACAUCAGUGGAGAGCCAUGCAGCGGACUUGCUCUUAGUCAAAGUGAUUCUGUGUUCGAGGAUUCUGCUAACAACCCAUCUAUCAGAUGUGACUGUUCUUUUGAAAAUUCCACCGUCUGCCACAUUACUAGAUUGAGGGUAUAUUCUCUAGAAACACGAGGACAGAUACCAGAGGAGCUUUUAGCUUUGAAAUAUCUCAACUUCUUGAAGAUUGAUCAGAACUUCUUCACUGGUCCUUUGCCAGCAUUUAUUGGAAAUAUGUCUAGACUAGGCUUACUGUCAGUUGCCCAGAAUUCAUUAUCUGGAUCCAUUCCAAAGGAGAUUGGAAAUCUUAAGGAUCUCUAUCUGCUGUCUCUUGGUAUUAAUAAUUUCUCUGGGACGAUCCCUCCUGAGCUGGGAAAUCUAGUGGAACUUCAACAAAUUUACAUUAACAGUUGUGGAUUGAGCGGUGAAAUCCCCUCAACAUUUGCAAACCUUCGAAAUUUGCAAAUUGUGGGGGCAUCAGACAACGCUUUCACUGGCAAAAUACCUGACUUUAUAGGAAAUAACUGGACAACGCUUGCAUCAUUGAGACUUGAAGGGAACUCCUUUGACGGUCCUAUACCAUCCAGUAUUGCAAACUUAACCUCACUGACAAUUCUGCGAAUUACCGGUAUAUACAAUGGGAGCUCGUCUCUUGAUUUUGUUAGAAAUUUGAAGAACUUAACAGAGUUAGUUCUAAGAAAUGUUUUACUCACUGGUAGCAUUCCCUCUGACAUCGCAGAAUUACAAUCUUUACAAAAGCUGGAUUUGAGUUUCAACAACUUAACAGGCCAAAUUCCAAGUGAAUUGUUCAAUAUGAAUUCUCUUAAAUACUUGUUUCUUGGAAAUAAUAGUCUGUCAGGUACCCUUUCGAGCCAAAAGAGCGAAAUUCUUCAGAAUAUAGAUGUAUCUUACAAUAAUCUAUCAGGAAAUUUGCCCUCAUGGAUAGACUCAGGCUUACAACUGAAUGUAGUGGCCAACAACUUCACACUCAACAGCUCAGACAUAAGACUUUUACCGGGAUUGCAAUGCCUUCAAAGAGGCUUCCCGUGCAAUAGAAAUGCUCCACGAUAUGCAAACUUUGCAAUCAAGUGUGGUGGUCCACAGAUGACUGCUGAUGGAAUAAUAUUUGAGGCUGAGAACAAUUCUCUGGGAGCAGCAGCAUUUAAUAUAACCAGUACACAGAAAUGGGCAGUUAGCAAUGUAGGUUUGUAUGAAGACAGGGAGAAUCCACUGUAUGUGCAAAACACUUUUGCACAAGUGAAAGGCACCAACACUCCAGCGCUUUAUCAUACUUCAAGGAUAUCCCCUGUAUCACUCAGAUACUAUGGCCUAGGCCUGGAGAAUGGGCCUUAUACUGUAAACUUGUUCUUUGCGGAAACAGCUUUUCCAGUCAGAAGCACUCAGUCUUGGAAGAGCGUAGGAAGGCGCGUUUUUGAUAUUUAUAUUCAGGGAGCCCUACAAGUGAAGGAUUUCGAUAUAUCAAAGGAGGCAGGCGGGGCUGAGAGAGCAAUUACUAGAAACUUCAGUGCUAAUGUGACAGAGAACCAUCUUGAAAUUCACCUGCUUUGGACUGGUAAAGGGACCUGCUGUGUACCAGAACUAGGUUAUUAUGGUCCAUCCAUUUCAGCUAUUAGUGUUGUCCCAGACUUUAUACCAACUGUUAGUGGGUUACCACCGGGCACUUCUAAAAGGAAAAACCGGACAGCACUGGUUGUUGGUCUUGUAGUUCCUGUUGUAGUUGUGGCUUUGAUGCUGAUCUUUGUAAUUAUUCACUUCAAGAGAAGAAUAGAAUAUGAUGAUGACGAAGUGCUCCUAGCAAUUGGUCCUAGACCAAACACUUUUAGUUAUGCUGAGUUGAAAGCCGCCACAGAAGACUUCAGCCCUUCAAACAAGUUAGGAGAAGGGGGAUUUGGAGCCGUCUACAAGGGCACACUUCCUGAUGGGAGGGUAGUAGCUGUGAAGCAACUUUCAGUAGCAUCUCACCAAGGAAAGAGUCAAUUUAUUGCUGAGGUAGCUACCAUAUCAGCAGUACAACAUCGCAAUCUUGUAAAACUAUAUGGGUGCUGCAUCGAAGGGAAAAGGCAUCUCCUUGUGUACGAGUAUCUUGAAAACAAAAGCCUUGAUCAGGCUCUCUUUGGACGCAGUGACUUGCAUCUUGAUUGGCCAACCCGCUUCAAUAUCUGCUUGGCAACUGCAAGAGGGUUAGCUUAUCUUCACGAGGAGUCUAGGCCAAGGAUUGUGCACAGAGAUGUUAAGGCCAGUAAUAUUUUGCUUGAUGCAGAACUGUGCCCAAAAAUAUCUGAUUUUGGAUUGGCAAAGCUAUAUGAUGACAAAAAAACGCACAUCAGCACUCGGGUUGCAGGAACCAUUGGUUACCUGGCGCCAGAGUAUGCAAUGCGGGGGCAUCUCACUGAGAAAGCUGAUGUUUUUGGCUUUGGUAUUGUUGCUUUGGAGAUUCUCAGUGGUAGACCAAACUCUGAUACUACUUUGGAUGGUAACAAAAUCUAUCUUCUCGAAUGGGCAUGGGCUCUAUAUGAAAAUAACCAAUGCUUGGAUCUAGUUGAUCCAGGUUUAGUGGAGUUUGAUGAAAAUGAAGCUCUCCGAGUGAUAGGAGUGGCACUUUUGUGCACCCAGGGAUCACCAUCGAUGCGGCCUCCCAUGUCCCGUGUAGUUGCUAUGCUUGCUGGAGACAUUGAAGCGAGCGGUGUUAUAACAAAACCAAGUUAUCUAACUGACUGGAAUUUUGAGGAUUUAACCGGCAGCUUUGUGACAGAAGAUACACAAACAUCCACUGCAUCUGACAAUGACAACAAUAAUCAGAACAAGAUGAAUCCAGGGGCAGCACCAAUUCCCUCUCCAGUAAAUGUCACUGAAUUCAGUGACAUUAUUGACGGAAGGUGAGAGGUGUAUAUAUGUGUUGCACCAUUAUUUUGGAUUUCAAACGACUAAGACUUACUGCAGUUUCUACUAUUGAUGUAUGCUAAAACUAUAAGGGAAUACAUUUCUAAGUAGAAAUGAAAUUUUUGAAUGGUGCAUACCCCUGAUAGGUAGUACAUUAUGUAGAACGCCUGCAAGAGCAUCGACGACAAUCACCUUGUCAACCUUCCUGGAAGAAGAAACCAUUGUAAUUAUUUCUUUUUACAAA